AUGACCGACCCGCUCCAAGUUCAAGUUCCCCAUGAGGUGGACCAACCCUCCAGUGCUGUCGUGCACAGCCCACCGUCUUCUCCGCCGUCUUCUCCGCGCACACGCACACGCACACGCACACACUCCUACACCAACGCAGAUGCAGAUGCAGAAGCAGAAGCAGACGACCGUGAGGCGCUGGAGCUGCAUCAAAUCCAAACCCACGAGGAUGCCGACUUGAUCGACUCCUCCCCUUCAGUCUCGUCGGGUGAGGAGAUCCGAAUCACUACGCGCCGCACACGAUCGCGCGCCAGUGUCCAGUCUACUCGUACCCAUCGGGGUAAGGACCCGUGGAGUCGGCUGUGUCGAUUCUGGACACAUCAUGUUACUCUCACCGUAUCGCAGAAGAGUAAUCGCGAUCACUUUGCUCUGGAACGAACAUUCCUCGCCUACAUCCGCACCUCGGUGGUCAUCGCCAUGCAAGGGGUUCUGAUUGCCCAGCUAUUUCGCCUCCAGCGAUCCGACCAGAACCAGGACCGACUACGAUUCUACCAGGUCGGGAUCCCGCUUUCGGUGACCUGUCACUGCGUUGCCAUCAUCGUGGCCCUGAUCGGAGCCUAUCGCUUCUGGCGACAACAGAGUGCCAUUGCCCGCGGAAAGGUGCAUGCGGGCGGCUGGGAAUUGAAUUCCGUCGGCAUCUUGUUAUUUCUGAUCAUCUUGGUAACGUUGGUGAUCAGUGUGGUGAUCAUCGUAGAAAUUGAAACGAGCCCGACGACUCUCCUGAAGCGUCUCCUUCUAUUCUGA